AAAUUUGAAUCAGUCCGCUCCGAACCGCCAACGAGUGAGGACGCGCUUAUAUUUUCUUUAGCAACAAAUAUGUUUCCGAUAAAGUGAUUUUUGUUAGUGUUUCUGUGACUGAGUUUAAUUAAUAUGACAUGGUUUGAGUGCUGUUGACAAGUUUUGUAAACAAUGGCGCGGAUUUUCGUAUUGCUUGUUGGAUUGUGUUUGGUGUCUGCGGAGCAGGAGGAGGUGGAAGGUGGCAAGUGUGAGAGGAUCAAGCUGCCUCUGUGCCAGGACCUGGGCUACAACUGGACGGCCAUGCCCAACCUGAUGGGCCAUCGCGACCAGAAGGAAGCCGAGGAAGUGAUGGCGUCAUUCGCGGGCAUCCUGUCAAGCGACUGCUCGAUCCACGCUCGCUUCCUGCUGUGCUCGGCCUUCGCCCCGCUGUGCUCCGAGCAGGUGUCGGGCUCCGUCAGCGCCUGCCGCGCGCUCUGCGAGACCGUUGCCGACGACUGCCGGGAACAACUCAACUCGUUGGCUCCUAACGUCAUGCUCGAUUGUGCCGCGUUCCCCCUCCGAGCUGACCGACGGCUCUGCAUGAGACCGCCCAACGCCAGCGAGCUAGAGCCCGAGCCCCCUCCGCCGCCCCGCUGGCCCUACGAACACGAGAUCAGAGAGCACGGUUGCCCUCCAGCCCACACCAGAGCUCCUACAGGAGAGUGCUGGCCAGCCUGCGGACAGAACGCCAUCUACACGCAAAGCGAGAAGCGAACUGCCGAAAUCUGGAUGACUACACUCGCCUGGUUCUCUCUACUGUCUACUUCUUUCGCGUUGCUCACAUUCUGCGCAGAACCCUCGAGGUACAGAUACCCUGAACGCCCGGUCGUGUGGAUGGCAGCGUGCCACGCAAUCGUUGCGUUAGCGCACGUAACACGGGGUUGGUUGGGGCCGAAGAUAGUGUCCUGUGCUGGAACCACGCUAGCAGUCGACGGACUGGCGUCCCCAACCUGCGUAGCUUUCUUCUCAUUGACAUACUACUUCACCUUAGCAGCUGAUGCGUGGUUUGCUAACGCUUGCGUGGCGUGGUACUUGACUGCUGCCAGUGAAUGGUCAACAGAAGCGUUGGAGAGAGCCGCGGCAUACCUUCACGCCGUAUCGUGGGGAUGGGCCGGUGCCUGGACCGCGGCAGCCCUGGCCCUGCGAAGAGUGACGGCAGAUGAACUAACUGGGACCUGUGGGAUAUCGGACGCGGCGGCCGCGGCGCUUAUUGGCGUACCCCGAGGGGCGCUCUUAGUCACAUCUAUAGCUCUGGCUAUCGGCGCGUGCCCUGGCAUAAUGCGAGUGCGUCGAGCAUUGGACUCGCGUGGAGCCAAGAGAGUGGGGAGGCUGGCGGCGCGCGCUGCGGCGGCUGGAGUGCUGUACUUUUUCCUGGCCGCGUUCGGGACGGGCGCGAGGGUUUUCGAAGCGCGGGCGCGGGAGACGCAGAGCGGCCUAGCGUUGCUGGCGGCUUUAGAGGCAGGCAACGUCGUGGAGACGUCCAAGUCAGGAGGACUGUCCAUCUGCGUGUGGUUGUCCUGCGGCAUCGCGGCCGGGGUUUGGGCCUGGACCAAGAAGUCUGCUAUCGUGUGGAGAAAGGCGCUCUGCCCCCCGCGAAAAGCCCCCUGUUGUGCACCCCCCCUUCUCAGAACCCACCACCCCUACUACAAAAGACCGCUCCAUGUAUCUAGAGUGUAACAGUGCUGUCUCAAAGACUGAACUUAACGUAUGGACUUAUAAAGUGCCUAUUUUAACCUAUGCCUUCUGUGAAGGCGCUCUCGAUAUUGUACAAACUUGUAAAUAAUGUAAAUUUUAUUAAAUAUACUGUUGAUUUUUUCAUAUA